GACUGCAGAAUGCCAUGGACAUAGUCCUCCUGUUGUGUUUACUAUUGGUGUCUGUGCCUUGUUUUGAAGCACUGGAUUUAGGUGCUGACUGUUUGACUGCAGAUGGGAGCAUUGGUCACUGUGUAGAAUCAUCAAAAUGUAUGAACUCUUAUCACCAAGAAAACACCGUGUUGUGCAGAUACUCCAGAGGCUACGGCACUCAGGUCUGCUGCCCUCGUACUGAUAUCUGGCUGCAUCGUAAAGACUCCUUUCACGACGAUGGUCCCAUAGCCUUCCCCGAGGAGUCAUACAGUCCUCAUUCUCACAAUCAAAAGAUAACAAACAGCUAUGCUUACAACCCUUCAUUGGGUGAAAACAUAGGUUACAGACCUCAGAACAGCAGACCAUCCAACUACAAACCACAAUACCAUGAAAAACCGAGUUACACUCAAUCAAAUUACAAUGAGAGACCCCAAUAUGGAGGUAGACCGACAAACUUUGAAGAGAGGCCAAACUACUCCAGUGGUUAUGGUGGAUACGAGGAGAGACCUUCCUAUGUCAGUGGUUCUGGUAGUUAUAACUCUCCCAGCCACUCUGGUGGGUCAAGCUACGAAGGCAGACCCGUUCACUCUGGUACUGGCAGUGGAUAUAACGGAAGACCGGACUACUCAGGCGGCUCAAUAGUUUACCAGGAGAACCCAGACUACCCCAGUUACAAUGAGAGACCGAACUAUUCUUCUGGAUCUCAAGGAAUUGGAGGUUCUUCAAGAAGACCAGACAGCUAUCGGCCUAGACCAGGAUCACACAUUAACACAAGAGAGACCACAACUUCAUGGGAGUAUCCGUCUGACAGACGAACGACCCCUCAACCCAGCUGGGCUAUUGAAGAUAACAACAACGGUGGCAGCAGCUCUAGCUCCAGGGGAAGGAUCAGUGAACAAAAGUGUGAAGAGUACAGCCGCCCAGUGUCUCAGACCAUCAAUGCUUUGCCUCUGUCCAUCAACGCAGAGGCUGUACCUCUACGAGUGCAGAACUGUGACUUCUCAGCUGUCAAACUGAUUGUCGGAGGGGAAGCAUCUGAACUCGGUGAAUUCCCUCACAUGGCUGCAGUGGGCUUCAAAGUUCGGACUUCUCGGGACAUUCUGUGGAACUGUGGAGGAACUCUCAUCAGUAAAAGAUACGUCUUGACUGCUGGACACUGCACCAACACUUCUUUUGGCAAUCCUGUUACGGUGAGGCUAGGGGAGUACAACAUAAAGAGAGACAACGACGGAGCUGACCCUCAAGACUACGGAGUCCAGCAAGUGAUCGUUCAUCCUAACUACUUCAAGACUCUCAAGUACAAUGAUAUUGCUUUGCUGAAACUGGACAGGGAAGUGACAUUCAACAAGAACAUCAGACCUGCUUGCUUGCCCACUGACAACAACAUAAGAGGGAGGCCUAUAGCCACUGGCUGGGGCCGCACUGACUACGUGGGGAGGCAGAGCGAUAUACUGAUGAAGGUACCUCUGAACGUGAUUGACAACCGCCAAUGCAACAACUACUACAACACCAACAACCCAGGGUCGUCAAGCUUUGGCUCUGGAAUUGUAGACACCAUGUUGUGUGCCGGAUAUGUGGAGGGUGGCCGAGACACUUGUCUGGGCGAUUCUGGAGGACCACUUACAACAACCAAGAGGGAGAACCCGUGCAUUCAUUAUGUUGUCGGCAUUACAUCAUUUGGAAAGAUUUGUGCAGCGCCUAAAUCACCAGGAGUGUACACGCGAGUCGUAAAAUAUCUCGACUGGAUAGAGAGGGUAGUCUGGCCAUGAGCUCAGCUAUUAAACACCUUCUACAUUAAAUUAUCUUAUUAUUGUAGUAGAGAAUUAAGACAUUUUUUAUACUUUAACUUUUAAUUAAAUAGUAUGGUGUCAACCAUUGUGACUAGUAUACAAUCAAAUACUUAAUAUUUUAUGUUUUAGUUUUAAGUUUGUAUGUUAAUAAUUGUUACAAAAUAUUGAGGAGAUAGGCCUAUCACAGGUGUCUUUAGUGUGAAUUGCUCCUACAAAGCUCCAAUUAUUUAAGGUCAGCUUUUUUUUAAUCAAACAAAGUAGAUAAGAAUAUUGUAUGAAAUUCAAGGUAAAUAAUAAAGUUUUGCUUUCAACUGAUAAAUAUGGUUUACUUUACUAGUUUAAGGCAAGAUAGCAUGUAACAGUAGUAAAAAUGUACAUAAAAGUAUUAACUCAAACAGGGAAGUCUAGUCAUUACUAUAUGUAAAAUUGUAGUAGUAAAUAAAAGAAUAAUGAUGUCUUGUAUACAACUUAGUAUUUUUGUUAAUCUUUCAUUAUUGUGGUUGCCUCUACCGAACCUUUUAGAAGAUUUAGACCAGUACUUAUUGAAUUUUCAAACUAUUAAAACUGCACCAUAAGUUGUAAAAACCAUAUGACGCCUUAAGGUAGUUUUAAGUUUUAAAGUAGCAUUUUCAUGAUAGUAACCAUAAUAUAAAACAACUAUUGAGUAGGCAUUUCAUUGGAAGGUUU